AUGCUUACAUUCACCACACUCCUUUCUCUAUCUGCCUUGGCCCCUCUGCUUAGCGUGUCUGGGCUUGCUGUGAAGCGCUCAGGAUGUAGUUUGAGCAACUUGAAGCUUUCAAAUCUCCCACCUCCGCUCGUGGCCCCGUCGUUCCCACCGUCGUUCGUCGGUAUUGCCAUUGGCACUCAAAAUUACACCUGCAGUAGUGCAGGUACCUAUACCAACGUGGGAGCUUUGGCCGAACUUUUUGAUGCCUCUUGUGUCUACAACUCUCCUAUAUUUCCCACAUUACCCAGCAUCGCUAGUGCUGCUUGGGAAAUUGCCCCUCCAUCCUUGCCGAUAUCUGAGGUCAUCUCAACUUUACACGGAUUUUCAUCGCCCUCUAUCCUUGGUCAACACUAUUAUGUGACCAACCCUAUCACCGGCUCAGGCAUCACCCCUAAGUGGGAUUUCACCUCCCAAGGUGCCGAUGCCGGGAAGUCCGACGCUUUCGUUGUUGCUGCUAAAGUCAACGGCGCUGCUGCUCCAACUGGAAGCCAGGACAUUGAUUGGGUUCAGCUUGGCUCCUUAACUGGAGAUCUUGCUAAGCAAGUCUACCGAGUUCAGACUCGUCUUGGACAGCCUCCUGCUUCUUGCACUGUUGGCUCCAAAGACAUCCAGGUUAAAUAUGCUGCGUUGUACUAUGGCUUUGGAGGAUCAGUAUAA